AUGUGUGCCAAUAGGGCAUACAGUGGAGCGACUUAUACUCACGGUUCGUGCGCAGUCUCCGGGAGUAGUGGGAAAAUUUCAAUACAGCAUGGUUGUAAUGAUGGGCAAGCAGUGACAUAUACUUCUCCACAUAACGCUGGUAGGCUAUGGAAUAACAAAGGGGACUCAAUGCCACAUGCUUCUCGUAGAGCACAAACGGUAGGAUCCACUUUACCAAGAGAAUCUCGAGGACGGCACACGACAGCGGAUUUAAAAAGCAAUGAGAGAGGCUCGCUCCUCACACAGACUGAUCAACAAACUUCAACAGCCUGUGGUACCUCCCCAACAAAAUUUUUCUAUCUUCUCUUAGAAAAUGUUAAAGGCAGAGGAUCCGAUGAACAUGGUGUUAGAGUUGGGCAAAAAGCUGAUCUUUGCAAGGGGGAACUCUUCCAAAUCUGUGAAAGGUUUACUGAAAAACAGUUAAAAAGUUGCUGCGGAAUUGCCGAGGACGUGAAAGAUGGUGUUUAUCUGCAGUCCAAAAAAGAAAUCUGCGUCGAGGCUCUUGUUCCAUCAGAAUUUGUACGAGAUUCUCGUGUUUGUAAUGGUAGAAAUGAAAUAUCUGAAGUUUCUAAGCUAAGUCUCGAACAGGCGGAAAUACUGGAAGCUGUUGAUUUGAAUUCUCGGCUGGACUUUUUUCAAGAUACUAAUAAUUUUUGCUUUGUUGAAAAGUUGGGAAAAGAGGAUAAAGUUUUGUUCCAGCUGCAGUCCGAACCCUGCCGCCCUCAAGAUAUCGUCUGGUACAACGGUGUUAUUAAAUGGCGUGGUAAACUAGAUGGUCGUAAGGGGGUGUACUUUGAAGUUGAGGACUGCUCGGAGGGAGAUAAAAUGAGGAAAAAGCAGCACCUUGUAGCCGGGAAUCAUAUUCGUUAUCCAACGACAAGUGAUGUUCGUUCUUCAGCACCUGAAGGAUGCGCAUCGAGUACUUACAUGCGGGAAAAAGCUGGAAGACGUUCUCCAAUGCAGGGCGUUUUUAAUGUGGUUUCGCAACUGAGGAUGAGUAGGAUAAAAGACUGGACUUUAGUUAAGAAUGACGUUUGGUUAGCGAAGGGAGAAAUGGGUGCAGAAGAAAUCGUGAUUUAUGUGAUAUUGCACGACCCACGUUGGGUUGUGGGUCUGCAGAGGGCUCAGAAAGAAUUCAAAGAUUUGAGUAAAGAAUCUUCAAGUUCUCAUUUUGAGGAACCUUGGACUAAAGGGAGUGAAGGAGUUAAUAGUGAACGAGAGUGGACUGAAAAUAAAGAUUUAAUAAGGAUUGUAGCUAACCACUGCAAAUUCACCGGGAAGACAUUGACUGGACGUCUCAAUCACGGUGUUCACAAAAAGACAUCCCUGGACAAGCGAGUGAAAAGUGAAACCUCUCAUCCAGCGACAAGUACCUACCUCGGUAAUUCAAUAAUGGAAUCAAAAAACAAAAGUACUACUUCACCUAAACUCUCUGGAAUUAAGUGUGACCAGUCGUUAGACAUUGAAAAGGAAUCUGAUCUUUCCUACUCAACUGCACAUCCCUGGCCAGCAGUUAGCUCAUGGUACACAGUGAAGCAGUUUCAUUCUAAACGUCAUGGUAUUUUACGAAGAGUUUUGAGAUUUCCUGAUCAGAAGAACGAAAUGGCGGUGGUUGAGAUUGACGGUGACUUACCUAAGGGUUGGCAGAAUGCCCUGGAAGUGUGCCGCCAAGGGGAUUUAGUAAUGGAGUGCGAAAAAGAAUUGGCUUUAGUGCCGUUAUACGCGAUUUAUGAUGAUUUAUUGACUGAAAGGGUUGGUGCUACCGUAGAGCCCAUUUUUCAAGAUGGUACCGGCGAGACAGGCGACAAAGUUCCUGAUAGUGGUACUGAAUUGACCCCUUGUCCACCAUCAUCGAUUAUCAGUAAUUUAGUUGGAAAAUGGAAAGGCGUCCAAGGGAAGAAAAACAGUUGUUAUAUGGAUUCUACUAUAUAUGCGAUGUUUGUUCAAAGCACUGCAUUUGACGAGUUGCUGCAGUACGAUAAGAAAUCCGUUAACGACCCGAAAAAUCAGUUCUUGCGUGUACUUGCAACAGAAGUUGUAUAUCCUCUGAGAAAGUUUGCUAUACCCGAUAUUUUGUUUCUUUGUUAG